AUGCAUGAUUCACGUUACUUGUAGUAACAGUAAACGAGACUCAGACCAGACUGAGAAGAGGGCUGGGAAAAUCAAUGCAGUCUGUGCAGACGCCCUCCUGAUCCCAGCUUCUGCCAUCUCAGCUCAGCUCUUUGGUUAUCGGAGACGAAGACUGAUG